CAAAAUGACAACCCAAGUGUUCUGGCUCCUCUGCUUUGUCAUUAGAUCAUCUUCUGGAUCCCUGCUCUAUGCUGAGAAAGCCGGCCAGGCUCUCAGCAAAGAUGUUUUUAGCUCAGCAGCUGCUGCUGACGUUCAGGUGAAAGCGGCGGGGCGGGGCACGGGCAGUGCCAGCGGGAAUGCCAGGGAAACGGGAAUGGCGCCGGGAAUGCCCUCCCUGGCCGCCGACAGGAAGAAAGGCGCGGAGCCGUCCCUGGAGAACAGCACAGGGCCGAGGAAGCGCCUCGGGCUCCGGGGGCGGCGCCGGGCCGGGGCCAACAGCGUGGGCGGCCGAGCCCCCCGCCCGAAGGCGCCGUCCCGGCCGGGAGCGCGUCCUGCUCCGCGCCCUGCAACGGCGGAGCGCAGUGAUGCUAACGCCCCGCUCCACCUCAACCGAGCGGGGAAGGCAGAGCCCGACAAAGAGCCCGAGCCCUCCAGGGGCGUCCCCGGCCCCUCGUGGGUCACCAACCGCUGGUCGCCCAGCUCGCUGCAGCUGGGCGGGCUGAGGAAAGGUGGUGACAAGGAGGAGGUGUGUCUGUCCGAGUGCAGGAAGGAGCGGGAUGAAGUGGAGGCUUUCUGUGCCAGCGAGUUUGCAGUGAAUGGAAUUGUUUAUAACCUGGAAAGCCUGGGGAAUGGAGUCCAGUGGAUUACCCUCUUGGCAGACAGUGAUGGAUUGUACAAGAUGAGUCGCCUGUAUGUCACUCCUGACGCCGCCUUCUUCCGAGUUCACAUCUUGGUUGUGGAUACUUUAAACUGCAGUAAACCAUGUCCAGACUUUAAACUUGGCAGCAGGUACAUCGUGAUGGGGCACAUCUACCACAAGCGCCGGCAGGUGCCCGCCGAGCUGCUGCCGGCGCUGCGCGGGCGGCUGCGGCCGGGGGACGGCUGGGUGGGCAGCGGCGGCAGCUUCGUGAGGAGAUUCCACAGGAAAAGCGAUCUCAGGGUGAGGGCAGCGCGCUCCAAGUGUCCUUAGGAGGCCGGGGCUCCGUGCAGGACGCGGGAGCAGCGGGAUGCCCCUCGGAGCACAGCCGGCCGUGGGCAGCGCUCCCGCAGCCCCACUCCGCUCCUGUGCUCGGCGAACGCCGGGGCCUCGAGAGGCCGCACGGAACUCACCCCACGGAACCCACCGGCCGUGAAUUGGCUCCAGCUGCUUUCAGAGCACCAGGUUAUUGGUGCUCCCCUGCUGCAGCGUGCCCCGAAUGAUCUGUAGGAACCGUAAUGCAAAAUUCUGGCAGUGUCGUCCUCAGUACACCACAAGUGCACUUUGAACCCCUCACCUUGAACACAUUAAAUGAUACCACAGCUUUAUCUACACAGGAUGUUCACUGUGCUUUCACAGUUCUGCCUAAUGCAUUUGAUUUCAGAGAAACCAACACCACUAAGUACCAUUUGUAUUAUUUUUGUCUCCUCAACCAUGUCUAUGGUAUUUUGGAAAAUUACACCGUUCUUCCAGCAGAGCUGGGUGUUCACACAAAGCAUACAGAAAAGAGUGUAAUAAUUUGAGUAUAUUAACAUACUGACUGAAAGCAAGUCAAGAACUGCAAACCACAAAUGCCCAGUUGCAUUUACAAGUGAUGGUGCAGGGAAUGCAAAAUGAGCACAGGCUGCACACACUGGGUGUGCCAGGGCACUUUGUUCUAGAGCAGUGCUGAAUGCCAUUCUUCAGGAGAAAUAUUGUGAAGCUUGUACUUGCACAAGUGUAAAGUUACUUUUUAAGUCAAAAAGACAAUAUUUUAUUACCUUAGUGUGGUGAAAUUGAGAUGUUUGUUGUUCCCAGUCAGUAUUUGCAAAUAAUAAGUCUGUAAAAGAAACUAAUAAAAUGCUCAUGAUGUUCUCCUU